UGCGUGUCCCACAUUAUAUAUAUAUAAAGAAAGUAGGGGGGUUCAUCUACAAGAAUCAAGAUUGCAUCGAAGGCGUAGAGAUAGGUUCGGGGAAGUUUUUUUGUUAUUUUGGGGCACCGGUGUAGUAUUUGGGAAAAAUCGGAAAAGUCGAAAUUUGGUUCGACAAAGGGUCGAAAAUCGAAUUCGAAAAAAACGACACUUUGCCAGUUUCGGUAUAACUCGAAAGUAAAAAGUCGGAGAGCUUAGCUUCUGCUGGCUGGCCCUCAAGUUGGACCAGAUCCAACAUUAAUAAACUUUAGUUGAAGAGUUUCGGUCGACUUGAAGGGUAGAUGUGCUCUGGACAAAAUUUGGACAAAGUGUCACUUUAGAGGUUUUGGGACCUAAACAUGUCGAAAACGAAUCCAGACCGGAAAUUUUUUGCCUGUAAUCUUGCAGAACUCCCGAAAACACACCGAAUGACAUAUAAACGGUUCAAAACGGACUUUUCUGGACAAAGUUAUGACCGGUCAAACCCAAAGUCGCAAAGUCUGACUUUUCAGACUUUCGACCAUAACUUUUUUUUAGGGACCGGGAUAGAAAAUCAAAAAAAAGCAUUUUGAGAUUUUUUCGUUAGGUUUCGAAAUCCGUUGAGAUUUUUAAAAUCGGCCGAGCCAUCUUGGAGCUACACAUGGUAUUCGCAGAAUUGUCGUUAUUUUGGCCAAGUAUUCGCGAGCUUAGGGAAGGGGAAAGUCUAGGGGUGGAAAAUUUAAUACGACAUCUACAUGGGAGUGUGUGGUAUCAUUCGAUAGGUCUAGGUGAGGGGAGUUUGAAAAAAAUAUUUUCGGGGGUCACUUGAGUCUCGGAAAAAUUUUUUAAGGAAAAUAGAUUCUAAGGUAUAGGGAGGGUUGGGGAGUAGUUGGACUCUUUUGGGGAGGCUUUGGGAGGAAUUUUGGGAAUAAGGGUCACUUGAGUCUCGAAAGUGAAAAAUUUCAAAAUGGUCGAAAUCGGUCGAGUAUGGUAUCAUUCAAUAGGUCUAAAAGAGGGGAGUUUUAUAAAAAUAUUUUUGAGGGUCACUUGAGUCUCAGAAAAAAAUUUUUAAAGAAAACAGAUUCUAAGGAGUAGUGUGGGUUGGGGAGUAUUGGGACUCUGUUGGGGAGGCUUUGGGAGGAAGUUUGGCAAUAAGGGUCAUUUGAGUCUCAAAAGUGAAAAUUUUCAAAAGGGUCGAAUCCGGCCGAGUGAGGUGUCGUUCGAUAGGAUUAAAAGAGGGGAGUUUUAUCAAAAUAUUUUUGGG